AUGGAGUGUGAAAACCAAACGGGACAGUACCAUUUCAUCAUUGUCGGGUUUCCUUAUCCCCGUGAACUACGAGUCCCAUUGUUUCUCUUCUUCCUGCUCAUCUACCUGCUCACCUUCGUAGGAAACCUCAUGAUCCUCUUGGCAGUGGCAUUUGAGCCCCGGCUGCACAAACCCAUGUAUUGGUUCCUUUGCCACUUGUCCUUCUUGGAUAUGACUGUCUCCUCAGUGGUGGUACCCAAGGUGGUCGCUGGGUUUCUUGAAGGUGGUGGGGUCAUCUCCUUUGGUGGUUGCGUGACCCAACUCUUCUUCUUCCACUUCCUGGGCUGCACUGAAUGUUUCCUUUAUACCGUCAUGGCCUAUGACCGCUUCCUGGCCAUCUGCAAGCCGCUCCGUUAUGGCACUAUUAUGAGCCAUAAAGCUUGCCUCUGCCUUGCCUUUGGGACCUGGUUUGGGGGCUCCUUGCACUCUAUGAUACAGACCACUCUCACCUUCCACUUGCCCUAUGGCCAUGGGGACCAAGUGGGCUAUAUCUUCUGUGACAUCCCAGCUGUGCUUAAGCUGGCCUGUGCUGACACGGCACUCAACGAGAUGGUGACCUUUGUGGACAUUGGCUUCUUGGCCAUGACCUGCUUCUUCCUCAUCCUCACAUCCUACGUGUACAUCAUCUCUGCAAUCCUGAGGAUCCGUAGUGCUGAGGGACGCCGCCGAGCAUUCUCCACUUGCGCUGCUCACAUCACAGUUGUCAUAACUUACUAUGUUCCCCUUGUGUUCAUCUAUCUGAGACCAGGGUCUGAAGACCCACUGGACGGAGUGGUGGCUGUGUUCUACACCACUGUAACCCCACUCCUGAAUCCCGUCAUUUAUACAUUGAGGAACAAGGAGAUGAAGUGUGCAUUAAGAAAACUGUGGAGCAGGAAGAUGUCCUCACCAAUUGAAUGA